AGUCGCACAUUGUCUUGGAACUCUGAGAAAGCGUACGAGUCUGAUGUUGAGCGCAGCAGUGAAAGAAUGUAGUCAGAUAACAAUUAGACAGUUUGCGAAUGCGACGUAAAUUGCCCGUAACUGUAAUUUACCGCCAUGAGUUUCGCCAGCGUCAAACACUGAUUAUGUCAAGUGCCGUCUCCGUUAAGGGAAGAACUUUAGCAGAAGUGAAGAAAUAAUAGCAGGAGAGACCUAGCGCUCUGCCCUCAGCUGUCACCGUCUAAAUCCCUGAACUCCCACUGAACAUUUGGUUGCCUAAACAGACUGGGGGUGAAAAUGCCCGGAUUUUUCCAGGUUAGGCGAGGUAAGAGGGAGAAAUGAGAUGGAGCAGGCGGACGGUGGCUACGUGCUGAGCAUCCCCGUGCCGGUCAUGCGGCGCGGCGGCUCCGACACGCACCUGGAGCUGGAGCGCAGCACGUCGUCGGCCUCGUCGAGCUACGCCGAGCUCUUCCCAGACUUCCGGCGCAGCCGCGCCAGCCUGAGCGGCCUGCAGCAGAAGGCGCUGAAGGUGACGGAGCAGCUGAAGAUCGAGCAGACGGCGCGCGACGCCAACGUGGCCGAGUACCUGAAGCUGGUCAACAGCGCGGACAAGCAGCAGGUGGCGCGCAUCCGGCAGGUAUUCGAGAAGAAGCAUCAGAAGUCCACGCAGACCAUCGGCAACCUGCAGCGUAAGCUGGAGCAGUACCACCGCCGCAUAAAGGACUGCGAGGGCAGUGGCCACAACACCUCCCACUCCUCUCCGUCCACCCUCCGGCACAACACGUCCAACGCCUCCAACGCGUCCAAUGCGUCCAACAACGCCUCGCCGUCCAGUGCGGUCAAAGACGACUCCCCGAGCAGCAAGAGGGAGCAGCACCUGAGGGACAUGACGUCGGGCAGCGGGCGCCACCCGACCCUGGACAAGAUCAGGACCAUCGGCCCCGGCGUGUCGCUCUCGCCACCUUUCUUUUUCAGCAAGCCGCGCGAGUUCGCCAACCUCAUCCGCAACAAGUUCGGCAGCGCCGACAACAUCGCCCACCUCAAGACCUCGCUGGACGUGCCCUCGGGCUUCCAGCAGGAGGGCGAGGCCAGCCGCGCGCUCAGCAGCAGCGCCAACAUGGUGGACAAGCCCAAGUAUCCCAGCGACGACGAGGAGUGCUCCACGGGCACUUCCGUGUCGGCCGACAGCAACGGGAAUCCCCUCUCGGGGCCGUCCGAGGGCCAGGGUCGCAUUGACCUCCUGCUGGAGGAGGUGCGGGAGAUCCGUGAGUCGCAGUCCAGUCUUGUCGAUGACAUUGAGGCCCUGAAGGACCAAUUCAAAACCGACUAUGGCUUCCUCACACAGACGCUGCAGGAGGAGAGAUACAGAUAUGAGAGACUGGAGGAUCAACUGAAUGACCUUACGGAGCUCCACCAGCAUGAGAUGGCCAAUCUGAAGCAGGUUCUGGCCAGCAUAGAGGAGAAAGUGGCCUAUCAGGCAAAUGAGCGAGCCAGAGAUCUCACGGAGGCGCUGGAGUCGUGCCAGACGCGGGUGUUCAAGCUGGAGCUCCAGCAGCAGCAGCAGCAGACCGUCCAGUGGGAGAGUGGCGGGGACGCGCGCGUGCUCCUGGGCCGCUGCAUCAACAUCCUGCUGGCGCUGGCCACCGUGGUGCUGGUGUGCGUCUCCACGGUGGCCAAGUUCACGGCGCCCAUGCUGCGCAGCCGACUGCACGUGCUGGGCACCUCGCUGGGCCUGCUGCUGCUGGCCUUCUGCUGGAAGCACUGGGAGCAGCUGCAGUGCGCCGUGGAGCGCCUCCUGGUGCCCACCUGAGAGCACUGCGCUCUGGUGGGAAAAGAUACGAUUGCACUCUGGUGGUCAAGGAUGGCAACAUGAUAAAGGCAGGCAACAGCAGUAGCAGUAUCACCACCACUAAAGAAGAAUGCCUCCAGUCCAGUCCAGUCCAGAAAAUGCAGAAGGACAUCUGACCAAUGAUUUCGACUGGACUGGAAGGAGGGUACACUUCAAGAACUGUCUUGUUUAAAGGGUUUUAUGACACUGGCAUGAAUAAUGUGAUAGAGUUUCUCUAUUUCUCUCUAACUCUCUUCUUUCCUUCUAACACUCACGGUUCUCAUCCUCUGGCUCUUCGUCUAUGUUCUCUCCUCUCUACUUUUGCCAGGAGUUGAGAUGUGUUAUUUUCUAGGGCAAGAUUGGAAGUGUCAGUUUGCAUCUGUGUUGACUGGACCAGUUGAGGAAAGUGCAAUAUCUAUUACCUUUUUUUUAGACUUCUUUUUUAACUAACAUUAUGAUGGAAUUGUAUGCAUGUCUUUUUUUUUUUAACUAUGUUUUAAAAAUCAAAGUCAUGGAACCACACAGCAAAGAGAGAGCCUGAAGGGUUUGGUGGAUUUUCAGUCUGUUUGAAUGUUACUUAACAGGGGGGCUAUCAUUAGCCUCAGGUUGUGCUGUGAAGCUCUCUUCUGUCCUUGACACCUACCUAUAUGGGCAUCGACUAGUCUCAAACCUACAUUGCACACAAUGGCGCAUCGCAAGCUCAUGCCACUAGAACAAAGAGUUCAAAAGUACACUUCAAAGCAAAGACAGUUUUAAAUACACUUCAAAGAAGAAGACAUUUUUAUUUUCUUUUUUUCUUUGUUUACUCUGGUCAACUCAUUAGACAACCUCUCCAUUGUAGACCAGCAGAAGUGUUCAAGAUUUCGGAGCACCGGCAAACUGACCUUACCCGCUGAAGCGGAGCUGUAACUUUUCACUACUGGUCAGGUGAAUGGCCUGACGUCUGCGAGAUGGAGAGCGGGGUUCCUGUGAAAACGUUUACUAUUAAGACUGUGAUACAUUACCUCUGGACUGUUCAAGCCUGUGGAGUAUUUUUAUACAUCUCUGUGGAAAUUCAGAAUUAAAUAUAAGCCUAAUUUUUAAGCAACA